CAUGAGUCUUUACGAGGGCAUUAAACGUAAACCAACUGUUAACAAUGAAGUCUGUAACUGUGCUGUUCGCUUUUACCAUGCUCAUUCUCGUUGUGACGAAUGUAAUCGCUGAAGAUACGUGUGAGGAUGCGAAUGAACAGUUUCUCGAGUGUGGCCCUGUGUACCAACUGACUUGCGACUCACUCUAUGAGAAGGACACUGCUAACUGCACUCAAGGGUGCUUCUGUAAACCGAACUACAUUCGAAGUUCGGAAGGCGGACCAUGCAUCCCUACAAACAACUGCCCGUAAUAGGUAGAAUGUCUGUAUUGCAACAGUGUGUUGUAUUAGUGCAGAUAAUAAAUAAGAAGAAAAAAUCCCGUUUAAACCAGUGUUAACAGUGAA